ACAUCCAAAUGCGGUGCAGUUUUGUUCUGCCCUCCCACCAAAAAACACAAAAUAAAAAAAAAAAACCCAAAAAAAAAGAAAAACUCAAGUCCUUUUCCUCCGUCGUCUGCCGUUCGGUUCUCCGAACAGUUUAUCCCCAUAUUACCCCUCCUCUCCUCUUCUAUCCUCCUUCAAAAAACCAAAAAAAAAUUCCAGGUCUUUAGGGUUUAUUGGAAAUUUCAGUUUUGUUCUUUUUUCUCUCUAGGUUUAAGCACAAAGAGGAGAGGGAAAAAAAAAAGAAAAAAAAAGAAGAAGGAUCUAGAUUGGUGAGAUGGCGCAGAUUCAGGUUCCUGUGUCGGGUCAGAACGGUGUCGUUUCUGGUGCUGGAGCCGGAGCGAACCAGUUCGUUACGACGUCGCUUUACGUUGGAGAUCUUGACGUGAACGUCUCGGACUCGCAGCUCUACGAUCUGUUUAGCCAGGUCGGUCAGGUCGUUUCGGUUCGGGUCUGUAGGGACUUGAGCACUCGGCGAUCUCUUGGCUAUGGUUACGUUAACUAUAGCAACCCUCAGGACGCGGCGAGGUCAUUGAACUUACUGAAUUUCACUCCACUGAACAACAAGCCCAUCAGAAUCAUGUAUUCUCAUCGGGACCCUAGCAUACGCAAGAGUGGUACCGCAAAUAUAUUUAUCAAGAAUCUGGACAAGGCAAUUGACCACAAAGCAUUACAUGAUACUUUUUCUUCUUUUGGAAGUAUUCUCUCUUGCAAGGUAGCUACUGAUGCCAAUGGCCAGUCCAAAGGCUACGGUUUUGUUCAAUUUGAAAGUGAAGAUUCUGCACAGAAUGCCAUAGACAAGUUAAAUGGCAUGCUGAUCAAUGACAAACAAGUGUAUGUUGGACACUUUCUUCGUAAGCAGGAAAGAGAUGGUGCUUUUAAUACAACCAAAUUUAAUAAUGUUUUUGUGAAAAAUCUAUCGGAAGCGACAACUGAUGAAGAUUUGAAGAAUAUUUUUGGUGAAUUUGGAGCAAUUACCAGUGCUGUAGUGAUGAGGGAUGCUGAUGGAAGAUCAAAGUGCUUUGGUUUUGUCAACUUUGAAAGUGCAGAUGAUGCUGCUAAGGCGGUUGAGGCACUGAAUGGUAGGAAACAUGAUGACAAGGAAUGGUAUGUUGGAAAGGCACAAAAAAAAUCUGAGAGAGAGCUUGAAUUGAAAGGAAGAUUUGAGCAGAGUAUGAAGGAAACGGUUGACAAAUAUCAAGGGUUGAAUCUGUAUGUUAAGAAUUUGGAUGAUAGUAUCAAUGAUGAAAAACUACAGGAUUUGUUUGCAGAGUUUGGUACAAUCACUUCAUGCAAGGUCAUGCGUGAUCCCAAUGGAAUUAGUAGAGGUUCUGGAUUUGUUGCUUUCUCAACUUCUGAAGAAACUUCUCGAGCUCUUGAUGCCAUGAAUGGUAAAAUGGUUGUCAGCAAACCUCUCUAUGUUGCACUUGCACAGCGGAAAGAAGAGAGAAGGGCGAGGUUGCAGGCUCAAUUUUCACAAAUGAGGCCAAUUGCUAUAGCACCUUCUAUGGCUCCACGUGUGCCAAUUUACCCUCCUGGUGCUCCGGGUCUUGGUCAACAAUUUUUGUAUGGGCAAGCACCUCCGGCUCUAAUUCCUCCACAAGCUGGGUUUGGUUACCAGCAACAACUUGUUCCUGGAAUGAGGCCUGGAGGAGCUCCAAUGCCAAAUUUCUUUGUUCCUAUGCCUCAGCAGGGUCAGCAGGGCCAGCGCCCAGGUGGACGACGUGGAGCUGGUCCUGUGCAACAAACCCAACAGCCUAUGGCACUGAUGCAACAGCAGAUGAUUCCUAGGGGACGUGUCUAUCGUUAUCCACCAGGGCGCAACAUGCCAGAUGUUCCAAUGCAAGGUAUGGCUGGAGGCAUGCUAUCAGUUCCUUACGACAUUAGUGGUGUGCCAAUGCGAGAUGCUGCACUGGGACAGCCCAUGCCCAUUCAGGCUUUGGCUACAGCUCUUGCAAAUGCUAAACCUGAGCAGCAGAGAACGAUGCUGGGUGAAGCUUUAUACCCUCUAGUGGAUCAGCUCGAGCAUGAAUCAGCAGCUAAGGUUACUGGUAUGCUUCUGGAGAUGGACCAGACUGAGGUGCUGCAUUUGCUUGAGUCACCGGAUGCUUUGAAGGCGAAAGUUGCAGAGGCUAUGGAGGUCCUGAGGAAUGUUGCACAGCAACAGGCAAAAGGCCCUGCUGAUCAGCUAGCUGCACUGUCUUUGAAUGACAAUCUUAUCACUUGAGUGUGUUGCUUGAAAGGGGGUUUAUUUGAUGUGGUUUCAACACUUUGAAAUAGUCUUUCAUUAUUUGGGCUUUAAAUUGGGUUGUAUACUGGCAUUGUGACCACUGAGGUCUUGAAGUUUGAUACUUAGCUAUGAUCCUUUUUAUGUGUAGGAUUUCUGAUUUGUGUUUGGUUUUGGUGAAACUCAAUAUUUAAGGAUUUGGACUUUGGAUAU